CUGUUGGGGCUCAAGCAAAUAUAUCUUUCACUAAAGAGCCAAAUUCUCAGGAUGUGUUGCAUGGUCGUGGUGCCAUUUUGCGCUGUGAAGUGAAAGACCCUAGAGACAUUGAAUUUGAGUGGUUACAGAAUGGGGAACCUUUUCAGGACACUGAACGGCGUUUCAAGGAAGGGAGCAACCUUCAGUUUGCAUCUAUUGAUCGUCAGCAAGAUGGUGGGAACUUCCAAUGUGUUGCCAGGAAUGUAGUUACUGGAGAAGAAGCUCGGACAACAAAUGUAUCUUUCAACAUAAAAUGGAUUGAAACAGGGAAAGUUGUCUUGAAGAAUCCUGCCAGAGUGGAGGAUAUACAAAGUUCUUCUCCAGUAACGUUGCAUUGUCACAUUGAUGGGCACCCACGCCCAAUAAGUCAGUGGUUCCAAGAUGGUACCCAAAUUGUAGACGAUCGCACAAUUUACUCAGUCAAUAAUAAGGAGCGGACCUUCACCAUCAAGAGUGCCAACCCAGAUGAUAAUGGCCUUUAUUACUGUUGUGCUCGGAAUGCUGUGGGCACUGUAUGCAGCCGAAACAACUUCACCCUCAAUAUUAUAGAUGAAAGUUUCCCCCACCCAGUGAUAGUUCCUGAGAACCAAAUUGUCAAUAAAAAUGAGGAGGCUAUGUUCCAUUGCAAGUUCCAGGCUGUGCCACCACCUACCCAAGAAUGGCUAUUUGAGGAUGACUCCCCAAUUCAAAAUCGUAGCAGGACCAUCAUAUUUUCCAAUGGCUCUUUACUAGUAACUCAGGUGAAACCACGCAGCGUUGGAAUCUACAAAUGUGUUGGCCGUGGACAAAAAGGAAAACCUGUAAUCCUGGAGGCAACCCUACAACUAGCAGAAAUUGAAGAUUUUUCUCAAGUAUUUAACCCCAAAAUUGUCAUAGCCAAUAAAGAGCAACGUGUAACCUGUGUGGCUCCUCGUGGGAUCCCUGAACCCCAUAUUUGGUGGGAGAGAAACAAUGUUCGUAUCCCCACUACUGGGAGAGUUCACCAAGAAGCAGGGGACCUUGUCUUCACCACUAUUGUAGAAAAGGAUACUGGAAUAUAUACUUGCCAUGCAAUGAACAAGGCUGGAGAAAAAAAACAAGAUCUUUCCAUUUCAGUAGCAACAAAGCCAGAAUGGGUGGAAAAGCCCAAGGACAGUCAGCUAGAGGAAAGCAAACCAGGAUACCUUCAUUGUCUCAGUAAAGCCUCUCUCAAGCCCACUGUCAAUUGGUUUCGUAAUGGCAAUCCUAUUUCAGAGGAUUCCCGCUUUGAAAUUGCUGAGAAUGGGACACUGCGUAUUAACAGUGUGGAAGUGUACGAUGGAACAAUAUUCAAGUGUGUAAGCAGCACUCCAGCAGGAAGUAUUGAAGAACACGUCCGUGUACAUGUUCUGGAAAAGCUGAAGUUUACUCCUCCGCCUCAACCCUUGCAGUGUGUUGAAUUUGAUAAAGAAGUCACUAUUUCCUGCUCAGCUACAGGGCGAGAAAAACCUGCAAUCCAUUGGAUUAAAACCGAUGGGAGAAAUCUACCAACCUGGGUCAGUAACAAUUCUGGAAAUCUGCACUUUCAUAAAGUGACCCGGAGUGACGCUGGAAACUAUACAUGUAUUGCUUCCAAUGGUCCACAAGGAGAGAUCAGAGCAACAAUUCAACUUACAGUGGCAGUGUUUAUAAGCUUCAAACUGAGGCCGGAUGACACAACCGUAUAUCCAGGACACACAGCCAUGUUUCAGUGUCAAGCUGAGGGUGACCCAUUGCCACAAAUCCAGUGGAAAGGAAAGGAUAAGAUUCUGGAUCAUGAUGAAUUUUCACCCAGGAUCCAAAUUAUGACCAAUGGCUCUCUAAUAAUAUAUGAUGUCACCACUGCGGAUUCUGGCAAGUAUACCUGCAUUGCUGGCAACAGUUGCAACAUCAAGCACCAUGAGGCCUUUCUCCAUGUUGUUGAUUUACCUGUUAUCAACCCUGAUAAUAUGCCCAACAGCCACACCCCCUAUAAAAUGAUUCAGACUAUAGGGCUAUCUGUUGGUGCUGCAGUAGCAUAUAUAAUAAUUGUGUUGGGCCUCAUGUUCUACUGCAAGAAGAGGAGGAAAGCGAAGAGACUGAAGAAGCAGCCAGAAAGUGAAGAGCCAGAGAUGGAGUGUCUGAAUGGGGGUACUUUGCUGCAAAAUGGACAGACUACUGCUGAGAUCCAAGAAGAGGUGGCUCUGACAAAUAUUGGCAGCAGCUCUGCAGUCAACAAGAGGCACAGUACUAGUGAUAAAAUGCACUUUUCUCGGUCUAACCUGCAGACAAUCACUCCUCUGGGGAAAGGUGAAUUUGGAGAUGUUUUCCUGGCUAAGGCAAAAGGCAUUGAUGACAAUGACACUGAAGUGCUCGUUUUAGUCAAGAGUCUUCAGUCAAGGGAUGAGCAACUACAGUUGGCCUUCAGACAAGAAACUGAGAUGUUUGGCAAACUGAACCACAACAACGUGGUGCGAUUGCUUGGCUUAUGCAGGGAAGCAGAGCCUCACUACAUGAUCUUGGAAUAUGUAGAUUUGGGAGAUCUGAAGCAGUUCCUGAGGAUUUCCAGAAGUAAAGAUGAGAACCUCAAGCCCCAGCCCAUCAGCACCAAGCAUAAGUUGUCUUUCUGCUGUCAAGUGGCACUGGGAAUGGAACAUCUCUCCAAUAGCAGGUUUGUCCACAAAGACUUGGCGGCUCGGAACUGCCUGGUCAGUGCGCAAAGGCAGGUGAAGCUGGCAAAACUAAGUCUCAGCAAAGAUGUUUACAACAGCGAAUACUAUCACUACCACCAAGCCUGGAUUCCACUUCGUUGGAUGCCCCCUGAAGCUGUCUUGGAGGAUGAAUUCUCCACAAAAUCUGAUGUGUGGUCCUUCGGGGUGGUCAUGUGGGAAAUAUUUACAUUGGGGGAAUUGCCGCAUUCAUCAUUGGGGAAUGAAGAGGUGUUAGCAGGUUUACAGUCUGGGAAAAUGAAGCUUCCCCAUCCAGAGGGUUGUCCCUCCAAAUGUUACAAGUUGAUGCAGCGCUGUUGGGCUCAAAGCCCAAAGGACCGCCCAUCUUUCAGCGAAAUUGCUAACAUGCUUGGAGAAAGCCCAUCAGAAAGCAAAGCCUGAAUAGGAAAUGCCCACCCUAUUCAGAGAGGUUGGAUUGGGCUGAAAUCACAUUUUGGUGUUUUGACUGUUACAGAUUCUCAAUGGGACCUAACAGAACCAAAAGGGACCAAGAACUUUUACACUAGUGGAUGAAGGCUGCGGAUGUUUUCUUGAUCCAAGAUGUCUUCACCAGGCUGUGUUCUCUCUGCCUGGCCAGGCUGCAUUCCUCCAGGGUCUACCUCCGACUCCCACUAGAUAAAAACAUCUUAGAAAUGAAGGGAAUGCUGGGAACGGCCGUCUUAGGAUAAUUUCACAAGAAAAGCCUGUAACAAGUUUUUGGGACUUCUCUGUCUUGGCACAUUUAACCUUUUAUUUACUUUUCAAAUCCUUUCAUGGAAAAGCACAGACAAGUUACUUCUGGGAAAGAGUUUUGGUUUGGGGGUGGGGGUGGAGAAGGGCACAUGCACAGAAUCAUGCUGCUCAGUCAAUAUUUUUUGACAGGAGGCAUUAAGACGGGAACAGGGGAACAAAACUUGACAAUGCCUGUUGUCGCUUUUAUAAUUUUUGUAGUAUCUGGUCAGAUCUUGUGAAGCAACAGUGCUUCGCAGCACAAUAGCAGCCCCAUUCCAAGCUCAUAAAAUGUUUGAUCCUGUAAUCGUUUCUCACUUGACUGGAAUCAGAAAGGUCUGGACUGCCAAUUAUUGAAGAGAUCCAGUGACUUUUCCUUGAUCAUAUCCCUGCAAAGGAGAUAAGGAGAAUCUUUCUUAAGACAAGGAAGAACCUGCAUAUUUAUUGAACAAUGCUUUAUUUCUCCUCCUGGUACUGUCAAGUCUGUCAGGCCUUCUGCUGCCUCCUUACAUACCCAGAAAAAAAAGCAACAAACACUUAAGUGCCUGGCAUAUGAAGGAGACUUUCAGUAGCUUUCCUGAUUAUCUAAUGCCGCUUUUUUAUAUGAUUAUUUUGGCAAUGUUUGUUUUUCUUACUUUUUUAAAGAAAAUAUUGACACUUUGCAGCCUGUAAUUCUUUUAUAUGCACAUAUAUAUGUAUAUGUAUGUAUGUAUGUAUGUACACAUAUAUAUAUACAUAUAGUAUUGGAAUUGCAAUCUAGAGUCAGUUUAACUUCAGUUUGCUUGAGCAGAGGAGUAGAACAGCCAAGAGGUUUUUUUUAAAUAAAAUAAAAUAAAAUACACUGCUUGCAAUAAAGAAUCCCUCUCAAGCAUAAA